AUGACUGAAGGAUUAAUUCUAUCAAAAUUAUUAAUAAAAGAAAAAGGUCAACAAUUUGCACAAGCAUUCGACAUACCUGAAGAGUCUUUUACAUUUUCGAAUGAGUGGAUUUCUAGGUUUAAAAGAUGUAAUGGAUUAAGAAAAGUUACAAUUCAUGGUGAAGCAGGAAAAACAAGUAAUCCAACUGAAGUCCAAGAUAAUACUGAGGAAUCUGCAUUAGAAGAUAGCUCUGCUGAAGAAACUGAAGAAAUUCAGGAACAACCUCAGGAAAGGUCACGAGGAAGGGUGCAAGGAAGGAUACGAGGAAGGAUGCAAGGAAAAAUAUGA